UCCUGGAGAAGAUAUAAGUUGCGUCGGAAGGAUGAAUGCAGAUGAUUAUGAAAGUCUACCAACUCAAUCGGUGGGUGUAUACAUGAUGGCGGGUGCCUGUGCAGGAAUCAUGGAGCAUUGUGUUAUGUAUUCAGUUGACAGUGUCAAGACAAGAAGACAAAUUUUGACUCCCGGGCCAGGUGGGGGCACAGGAAUAUUCACAGAAAUAGGCAACAUGAUGAAGCAAGAGGGUAUUUUCAGGCCUUUUCGAGGUAUGAGCGCUAUGGUAAUAGGAGCUGGUCCAGCGCAUGCACUAUACUUUUCGUGUUAUGAACAUCUUAAGGAAAAAAUGAAAAGUAGAAAGCCUCACGCACAAAGCAAUCAUCUUAUUUACGCAUCCGCCGGAGUUGUUUCUACGGUUCUUCACGACGGCGUUAUGAAUCCGGCUGAAGUGGUUAAACAACGCUUGCAAAUGCCAAAUUCACCGUACAGAAAUGUAAUGGAAUGCAUUCGACAUGUUUAUGCGACAGAAGGUGCAACAGCAUUUUACAGAAGUUAUCGAACGACACUCCUAAUGAAUGUGCCUUUUCAGAGUAUUCACUUUGUCACCUAUGAAUUCACACAAACGCUUUCAAAUCCUCAACGUAUUUAUAAUCCAGCAGCGCACGUAAUUUCUGGUGCAAUGGCAGGUGCAGUAGCAGCUACAGUUUCCAUGCCACUCGAUGUUUGUAAAACAUUAUUGAACACACAAACGGGUGAGAUGCGCGCCACAGGUAUGAUAGACGCACUCAGAUUGGUUUACAGGCAUUGGGGAUUGCCUGGAUAUUUCCGCGGUUUAAAUGCCCGAAUUGUUUAUCAAAUGCCGGCAACCGCUAUUUGUUGGUCAACGUAUGAAUUCUUCAAAUACUUACUAUAUAAUGUUCGCGAUGAAUCAAAUCUAUCCCAUGAAAACAUGGACGAUGGACUGAGUUCAAUUACGCAAAAUCAACGAAACAUAAGUAGUGGCGGCACGGCUUCCAAUACUAGCAGUAAUAGCUUUCAAGGGGCAGGCCUCUAUUUCAAUAAAAAAUCUUCAGCACCCGUUCUAUUCGAGGUGACGAGGAGUUAAGUCGAUGAAAAAGAUAAUGUGCGAAAAUGUGUAUAUAUAGUGAUUGACUCGCGAGUGCUGUUAUUAUAUUAUUUGAUUAAUGAGCGAGAAAAACAUUAGGAGACAGAUACUGUUUUCGCAUUAAAUUUAAGAAAAAUGACAGAGAGAAAGAAAAUGAGAAAGAGGCAUAAAAGAUGCGAAAUUUCAAAAGAAUAAAAUAAUGGCAUGAUAUCUAAAAGUGAAGUUUUUUCUAAUACGUAAUUCUCAUGCUUGAUCUUUCAACAAUUUAUUUGUUAUUGAUUAUAAUAUUGU